GUCUCUCCUCUCCAAACUACUUAUCCUUAAUUCUUACUGAUUGCUGUCCACUUCGGCUUCUUCCGCUGCUGCUCCGAUCCCUUGCCAUUGCCACCGGUCGCGCAACAGGCUUUCUUUCUGCGGGUGGUUGGUGGUCUCAACGUGCGCCUGCUUCGGUCAUCUUAGGCCGACACAUUCCGGAUUCCCCUGUUUUCGCAUCCCCGUCGUCAGUCUUCUGCGCCGUGGUCUUCGGGCAGCGGAGUAGCCGUCAGCAUGGCAACCCCAGAUGUCGCCCCUCAUUUUGGGGCAGAACUGAAGGAUGCUUUUAAGCCAGUCAACAAUUGGGUUUCCCAUGGCAUCGGGUGGUUGGAUGAAGUACAGCAAUUCUACCGAGAGCGCAGUGUUAUCGAGAAGGAAUAUGCGGCCAAAAUGACGGCGCUGUGCAGAAAGUACAACGACCGCAAGGCGAAGAAGAUUAGCACGUUGAGUGUAGGAGAUACUCCGAGUAUGACCCCGGGCUCGCUCGAAAGCGCCUCGCUCACGACAUGGACGACGCAAUUGACCGCGAUCGAGGCGCACGCCGCCGAACGCGACCAAUUCGGCACGGAUCUGGUGGUACAAAUAGCGGAGCCGCUCAAACAAGCCGCUGCCCAGUAUGAGGAACUCCGGAAGUGCCACGUCGACUUUCAUGCUAAAUUGGAGAAGGAAAGGGACUCUUCUUACAGUGAGCUCAAGAAGGUCAAGGGGAAAUAUGACGGCGCAUGUCAGGAAGUGGAGGCGCGACGGAAGAAAAUGGAGAGUUCAUUUGACCACAGCAAGUCCAAGGCCCAAGCGGCCUAUCAGCAGCAGAUCCUUGAAAUGAACAACGUCAAGAAUACCUACCUCAUCAGCAUCAACGUGACGAACAAGCUCAAGGAGCGCUUUUACCACGAAUACGUUCCCGAGCUACUCGAUGGGCUGCAAGACCUCAACGAAACCCGUGUAGCGAAGCUGAAUUCAAUCUGGGCGCAGGCAGCUCAGUUGGACAAGAAUUACCUGACAAAAAGUAUGGAGCACAUGUCCAAUCUCCUUCACGAGAUCCCCCGCAAUCUCCCUCAUCUCGACUCGCUCAUGUUCUUGCGCCACAACACUACGCCUCUCCAAGAACCCGCUAAUGUAGGCUUCGAGGCCAGCCCCGUCUGGCACGAUGACGAAGCCCUUGUAACCGAUGAGACCGCCAAGGUCUUCCUGCGCAAUCUUCUCAGCAAGAGUAAAACACAGGUGCGCGAUCUGCGAGUGGAGACCGAUCAGAAGCGACGAGAGGUAGAGGCGGCCAAGAAGGUUCGCGAAGCCAUCCAGCAGGGCAGGGACAAACGGAGCGAGGUGGAAGUAGUCCGGUCCAUCUUCUUCCUGCAAGAGACGUUGCAUGAGCUCGACCGCAAACGCCUGACGGCCGAAGUCGAGACGUCAACAAUCAUGUCCGUGGUAGGCGACCUGUCGCUGGGGGCGCGCAAUCACAACUUCAAGUCGCAGACAUUCAAGAUCCCCACCAACUGCGACCUUUGCGGUGAGCGCAUCUGGGGUCUAUCAGCCAAGGGCUUCGACUGCCGCGACUGUGGUUAUACGUGCCACAGCAAGUGCGAGAUGAAGGUGCCGGCAGAAUGUCCGGGCGAGCAGACCAAGGAGGAGAAGAAGAAGCUUAAAGCAGAGCGACAGGAGCUGGCCAACUCGACCCCGACUCUAGACUUGGAGCCGUCGUCAUCCAGCGGCCCAACGGGGGCGCCCUCGCUCACGCGCAAAGACACCAUGAACUCGCUCAGUUCCGGUUACGCCGUCAGUGCCAACCGCUCCUUAUCCACCGCCACCAGUCUCUCCCCGUCCACUGCCGAGUUACCUGCCUCGACCCCAACACCACCGGCCACAGAAACCAAACCCGCUGCCGCAGCUGCCUCCAAGCGGAAUCGCGUUCUUGCCCCGCCGCCGGCGCAAUACAUCAACAGUCCUCCAUCCACCCCAACCCUCAGUUCCAGACCGGCUUCUUCCGAACCCCGCGGGAAGAUGCUGUAUCCGUAUCAAGCACAGGGAGAUGACGAAGCCACCGUCCAGGAAGGGGACGAUAUCGUCAUUCUAGAGCCCGAUGACGGAUCAGGCUGGCUUCGUGUCCGAACCCCCGCAACCGGAAACGAGGGCCUCGUCCCAGCCUCCUACGUCGAAGUCCUCCCCAUGGAACGCCCAGCAUCAACCUACUCAACCAACUCCUCGGCCUCGGCCUCGACCUCUACCUUGCCCGUCGGGGCCGGAGCAGGGGGCAGCAAACGCAUCGGCCCUGCCGUGGCCCCGCGGCGCGGCGCCAAGAAACUGGCCUACGUGGAAGCGUUGUACGACUACGAGGCCCGCAGCGACAUGGAAUGGAGUAUGAGCGAGGGGGAUCGGUUCGUGCUGGUGAAUCGGGAUAGUGGGGACGGGUGGGCGGAUGUGGAGCGGGGAGGUGUGACGAAGAGCGUGCCGGCGAACUAUAUUCAGGAUGUUUAGACGGUUGGUGAAAAAGGGUUUUGGGAUUCCCGGUGCAGAAAGUCUACGGGGAAGGAAUUUGGGAGGUCGCAUGUGGCUUUAGGGCACCAGAUAAAGCUCAUGGAUAGGUAGCAGUCGAUUGGGUUAGUUAAGAGAGGUGCAGUACAGUACAUAUACCACAAUACAUACGUUGCUCCUUGCUG